AUGUUCAAGCAGCGGGAUAAUGAGCGCCACCCGCCCAUGACGGUCGACCCAUCCGGCGGCGGGGCCACCACAUCCGCCGGCCUCUUCGGCGAGGUCGGAAUGGGCAGCGCCGCGAGCCCAUUUCUUGACGGCCCGGCUGUCGCCGCAGGGUCGCGCAAGCGCGGUCGCGAUAUUCGCGGCCUGGACCGCUUUCGCACCGUUGUGUACGGCGAAGACGGCUUCCGUCGCCUGCACGCCAUGGUCGCGCGCAAUCCCGUUCUGAUGUACCCUCCAGACGGCAUCGAGGCGGCCCGCGCGCGUGUGAUGGUGCGUAAGACGGAGCUGCAAAGCCAGUUGCAGAGCGCGCUCGGCCACCGCGAGUAUAAUCGUGGCCCGGCCGGCGAUGGCGACGACGAUGUGUUUGCCCUGUUUGAAGCCCGGCGGCGCGCCGAGAGCGAUGCUCAUCCUGCCACAGAGGGCGAGGAGGUGCCAGGGCAGCCUGUCAACGAGCACGCGCCACCGCCCUCGAACCUCGCCUCGGUCCGUCAAGACGAAGAACUAGCCACCUACCACCACAAGCAACUGGGCAGCUACCUGCGCCUCCUCUACGAGUUCAACCACGUCACGUUUGUGAAACUACCGAUGGAAGACACAUUGCAGCUGCUGUCGCGGUGCGGCAAGGAGGCUGUCGCUCAUAUCGUCGAGUACGAAACGCAGGUGCGGCUGCGUCGGCAGUCGCGCAUCAGGGACCUGAACGAGCUGCGGCAGGAGCAGGCGGCGCUGGAGGAGCGACGCCUCGCUGUUGAGGACGCCGAGCAAGCCCGACUUGUGCAGUCCGCCGAGCUGCGCCAAGCAGAGCUCAACCUGGAGCUGGACAAUGGUGUCGUCAAGGCGGAGCAGCCCGAUGAUGGCAGCGCGGGCGAAGAUGGAAAGGUGAUUCUCGAAACGACCGCGCCGUCCGUGCACUUUGCCUCCCUCCCGGCCGGCGACAGCCCGGAGGAGUACAUGGACGGGAUAGUAAUGGCGGGGGAGGAGGAGGCCAUCCACUAUACGUGA